AUGGGCAACUCCUCCGGGAAGGGCGAGGGAGACGAGGAGCAGGAAGGGGAGGAGGAGGAGGAGGAGGAGGAGAAAGACGGUGAAGAAGUGAAAAUAGUGCAGCAAAAGAAGAAAAAAGAAGAGGAAGUGGAGGAAGAGCUUCCGUUAGGGGUGGACGAGUUGCUGGAGAGCGGAGAUCCAGUGCUGGAUCUUAGCUACCGUAAAUUUAAACGCUUACCUGCUCGUGUUUGUAGACUGACACAUGUGGAGAAGCUCUAUGUUUGCGGAAACAGCCUACGCACUCUUCCCGAAAGCAUCAGCCAUCUGCAAGGCCUGCGGAUUCUCGCCCUGGACUUCAACAAAUUGGAGGAUGUUCCGCUCGCCAUCUGCCAGCUGGCUAACCUCAGCCGCCUCUACCUGGGCAGCAACCGCCUCAUGUCACUUCCCCCCGAGCUGAAGAACCUGCGGAGUCUCCGUUGCCUGUGGCUGGAGAGCAACUACUUCCAAUGGUUUCCCAAAGAACUCUAUGAACUUCCAAACCUCAGGUCCCUGCAAAUAGGUGACAACCGUCUCAAGACGUUGCCUCCUGACCUGUGCCACAUGGAGACUUUGAGGGGACUGUGGCUCUAUGGGAAUCGUUUCCAGACGUUCCCCAAAGUCCUCCUAAGCAUGGAGGGCUUAGAGAUCCUGGACCUUGACCGCAACAAGAUUUCAGAGUUCCCCAGCCUGAAGCGCAUCCGAUCCCUCCGCCUCUUCUCCUAUGACCACAAUCCGGUCAAGGAGCCUCCUAAAGUGGGCGAGGAGGUGGUAGUGAUCGGGGAAGGUGCUGCAGAGUUCUUGGAGAUGCGUGAGGCCAGGAAGGACAGGCGACGGAAGGAGGCCGCUCUGGCAGGUGAGGAGCCCAUCAUUCACGGUAUCUUGAAGAACAGCAGCUCCAAACAAGCCCCCAACGAGGACGACUUCAAGGAAGGCAACGAAAAGGAGGCCGGAUCUCCAAUCCUUGAGUACGACGCCCCAGAGCUGGAAUAUGACGAGGAAGAGUUUGAGUAUGAGACAGAAGAAAUGACUUGCGAGGGAGAGUGCUUGGAGUAUGAGGGAGAGGAGCUGGAGUAUGACAGAGCUCAUCUGGACUACGAGUAUGAGGAGGAGAUGGAGAGGGAGGUGGAGGCUUGA